AUGACGGUGGAAAUCGACUUCCUGCAGAAGAAGCAGGCAGACACCAGGUCCUAUGACACAGACAUGAUGGCCCCAGAGUUCCUCGAGAAAUUCAACAGCCAGGCCUUCAGUGUUGGCCAGCAGCUUGUGUUUAGCUUCUGUGAUAAGCUUUUCAUCUUGGUGGUUAAGUACAUGGAGGCCAUGGACCCCAGCAUCCUGAUGGGAGGAAACAUUUCUGGGAAGAAACAGAAGACUGACAUCGGUUUGUUGGUGGCAAACAGUCAGGUGGUUUUUGAGAAGUCAGAGAGCUCGUCUGUAUUCCUGGCUGGGAAAUCUAGGACCCGAGAGUCGCGCCAGUCCAUUAUCAGCCCAGACUGGAACUUUGAGAAGAUGGGUAUUGGCGGCCUCGACAAGGAGUUUUCCGACAUCUUCCGCAGGGCCUUCGCCUCCCGAGUGUUCCCUCCAGACCUCGUUGAAAAGAUGGGCUGUAAACACGUGAAGGGAAUCCUGCUGUUCGGCCCCCCGGGCUGUGGUAAAACCCUGAUGGCACGACAGAUCGGCAAGAUGCUGAAGGCCCGGGAGCCAAAGAUCAUCAACGGCCCUGAGAUUCUCAACAAGUACGUGGGAGAGUCGGAGGCAAACAUCAGGAAGCUGUUUGCGGACGCAGAGGACGAACAGAAGAGGGUGAGAGUGAUGCAGGCGGCUCGAUGCCCGACAGACGAAUUGCUCCUCACCAACUGUGCCGUCAUCAACGACAAGGAUCAACCCUCUGAACAACACGUGAUUGUGCGCAAUUCAGCCCACAAAUAUGUUUUCACCUGGAAGACACAUCCCAGUGUGAACAUCAACACCAUCGCCUUCAGUCAGGCACAGGUAGGCUCAGACGUUUGA